CCCCCCAAAAUCCCCAACUCACUUCCAAUCACCAUGAAUUCUAAGGCGAAGGGAGGCGAAAUCCUCACCCCUCUCCUCCCGGAGCUCCAUCCGCUGGCCGAAUCGACUGAAAUUAAAGAUUCAGGUGGUGGCGCAUCAUUCUCAAGCGCCGUGUUCAACAUCUCGACCAGCAUCAUCGGUGCCGGAAUCAUGUCGAUUCCGGCAACCUUGCGGGUCCUCGGUGUAGUUCCCGCUUUGUUCAUCAUGGUUGCCGUCGGCUUGCUCUGCGAUGUAUCAGUGGAGUUCCUCACUCGCUACUCCGCCGCCGGAGAGUCUUCGGCGACUACUUCCUACUCCGGUCUAAUGGCGAAGUCCUUCGGUUUGGUGGGAUCCGCCGGGCUUCAGAUCUUCGUCGCACUUACUAAUUUGGGGUCUCUCAUCAUGUACCUUAUCAUCAUCGGGGACGUGUUAUCGGGGAACAGAACGGAGGGAGAAGAUCACAUGGGCGUGUUGCAGGAGUGGUUCGGAGAGGAGUGGUGGACGGCGAGAUCAGCAACGAUUCCGAUCACCGUCGUCGUUGUGAUGCUCCCUCUCGUGCUUCUUCGUCGCGUAGAUUCUCUGAGGUUUACCUCAGCAGUUUCAAUCCUGCUUGCUGUAAUCUUCGUCCUCAUCAGCUCCGGAAUGGCUAUUUACGCCCUGUUUCAAGGCAACAUUAGAAAUCCCAGAUUGCUUCCAGACUUACACAACCAAUCCUUCCUCCAACUCUUCACAGCCAUCCCCGUAAUUGUUGUAGCCUUCACCUUCCAUUUCAACGUCCACCCAAUCCGGUCCGAGCUCAGCCGCGUCACCGACAUGAAACCAGCCGUCCGCGUCUCCCUCAUCCUCUGCACCCUCAUCUACGCCACCGUCGGACUCUCCGGCUACCUUCUCUUCGGCGAUGAUACGAUGUCCGAUGUUCUCUCCAACUUCGACAAGAGCUCGGCGAGUCCGAUUCUCGACGAUGCGGUUCGGCUAAGCUAUGCACUCCACUUAGUGCUGGUGUUUCCAUUACUGUUCUAUUCACUUCGGCUCAACAUUGAUGGCCUCGUCUUCCGCAACUCGCAGCAGCGGCCUCUUACGGCUGAUGCCGGACGAUUUUUGUCUCUCACAGCGAUAUUGUUGGCUUUGGUUUACGUGGCGGCGAUCGCCAUCCCUAAUGUUUGGACAGUGUUUCAGUUCAUCGGGUCGACGACGGCGGUCGGCAUCUCGUUGAUCUUUCCUGGCGCUGUCGUGUUAAGGGAUCUAUAUGGGAUAUCUAAAAGCAAUGAUAAAUUGUUGGCUGGAAUUAUGAUUAUACUGGCAGUGAUCACAAGCUGUAUUGCCAUCUACUCCAACAUCAUUAGUCUGUUUGACGGUGAACUCAAGAGCAGCCCCUCAGUUUUAGCAAAUUAAUCGUUAAAAAUGUUAGAGCGGUCGAAUAUUUGAAAUGUGCAAUUUUCUCAAUAUCAUAGCAACCUCCCUUGUAAAAUUUCAUGAACUUUGCACAAGUGAUGUAAUUUUUGAGAUGUUCAUACACGGAGAUAAUGCAAGUAUAGUGAUCGGUUUGCAAUCAAUGUGCUGUAAAUUAGAGCAUCUCUUAGACAUGAUUGAUGAUAAACCCAAUCUAUUUAUUGAAUGACUGAGGAGGCUAAUCUGAGCCUGGAAAUUUAA